GGCAGAUCUCAGGAUCCUCAAGGCUUUCCAUAGUUCCAGAAGAGAGAGUAGCAGAUCUUUCUCCAACUGCUACAUAUCACUUCAAAAUAUAAAAGGCAAUGAAAAUGAAAAGUAUUUAUUUUAUUGCUGGACUCCUUUUAAUGAUAGUUCAAGGCAGCUGGCAAAAUCCUCUUCAGGAUACAGAGGAGAAAUCAAGAUCAUUCAAAGCUUCCCAGUCUGAACCAUUAGAUGAAUCUAGGCAGCUGAAUGAAGUAAAGCGUCAUUCACAAGGCACAUUCACCAGUGACUACAGCAAGUACUUGGACAGCAGACGAGCUCAGGAUUUUGUGCAAUGGUUAAUGAGCACUAAAAGAAAUGGCCAACAAGGACAGGAGGACAAAGAGAAUGACAAAUUCCCGGAUCAGCUCUCAAGUAAUGCAAUUUCCAAGCGUCAUUCUGAAUUUGAGAGACAUGCUGAAGGCACCUACACCAGUGAUAUCACCUCUUAUUUGGAAGGUCAAGCUGCCAAAGAAUUCAUUGCUUGGUUAGUGAAUGGACGAGGAAGAAGAGAGUAAGAAUCCAUCCAUUCCUAUUAUUAAAUUUUGCUUUGCUUUCAAGGUUAGAAAUCAAAUCUGAUGAAAUCUUGAUGUAUUUUUGAUCAUUCCUACUGUACUUCACGUUUUCCUUUUGUAAUAGAAGAUACUGUGUGGCUGUUCUUAAGUUCAAACAUCUUAAGUUAUUCAAACAUCUUAAGUUAUUAAGUUCAAACAUAGACUGAAACAAACAUGUUCAGUAUACUGUUACACUCUUAAAGGUCAAAUUAUAUUUAAGGUCAAUAUAUCUAAAACUAAACCAGAGUUUCCUCUAAUUAACACCUUUUCCUCAUCACAUAACAUUGCUUACAGUCUCCUUAACUCUCACAGAGAUGAGUCAUGUUAGUGUCGUCUUAAAUUUCCCUUUUUCUCUGCCUCUGUAGUCAAUCAUUUCCUCUGCAAUAUUUCCAUGAUGAAAUUUUUAACAAUGUCACUGCCACCACAGCCAUUUUCCAUGCUCUGGUGAUCAUUCCCAGUUACUGAUGUCUUCUUUUGCUCUUCCUGUUAUCCACAAAGUCUCCACAAAUUGUAGCAUCAAAAAUAACCAUAAUUUCCUACAGCUUUCCCUUAUUUUCCUUUUUAAAGCACCUCUACUUCUUUUGCUAUAGUUCACAGUUUCCAAGACUCAGCUCCAUAGUUUUGAUUCAGGUACAUCUCAGACUUUUUCAUUAUCUUGCUCUCCAUAUAUUCAGUGCAAAUUUCUCAAACCUAUUCACUUCAUCUGCUCACCCAUGAUUUUGUAUCUUUUUCAUGAGACUUACUCUUGGAACAGCCUUAAUUUCAGGCACUUUCUGUCUUAUCACCAUUCCAAGUCUGUGCAGUUAGGAGUUACAUCACACAUACACCACUCUCUACCUUUUAACUGUUCUGUACUUUUUGUGCCUUUAGACUGUAAGCUCUUCGGGGCAAGGAUUUCAGUUCAUCCUAUUAUUAUGUUUUGCUAGCUGUAAAGUACUAUGUAAAUCUCUCAUAUAAAAAUAAUAAAUAACAAUAACAAUAAAAUAUAAUCUAUAAGAC